UUUGAUUCUCAUUUGUUUUUCUAUUAAGGAUCAAAGCGUAGAGUCCAACUUAAUUUGAUGUGCUUGGGCCAAGGCAUCAACUAUCACCCUACGCUCUCUUUGGCCUUCUCCCACACAAGACUUUGAAGAAAUCAGAUCUGAAAAACAACCUGAUAUUGCAGUCAAAGUUAAUUACCCAUGGACUACUGACAGUUUAUGUUUCAAAGAGAAUGAAACAUUGGUAAUGUUGCUGACGGGUUGUUUUAGGUGACCACACAGGAACAUGAGCAGGCUCUGCUUGUCUAUAUAAAAGGUGAAUGCUGCUAGAACAGACAGAGGUAUCUAUGAGGCAACUGACAGGAAAGCAGGCUGGAGAGAGGGUUAUAGAGCCAUCAGAAAAUACUGUAAAAGGAUAAAUUUUAAAGUGUAAAAAGACAAAGGGGAUCCCAGUCAAUGGCUUUGCAGGACCUGUGUAAGCUCCAGGACAUCUUUCAGGGAGAUAAAACCACUGAUAGAUCUUCAGUGUCACUUGGAGAAAAGACAAGCAGUAACUAUAUAAGUGGUUUGCCCUUCAGCAGCAGCAAAAGUCUUUUACAUUUUUACAUUCCAGUGGCAGAGUAUCUGGAUGAAAGCCCCAUACAAUUUGGGCAAAUCAGCCUCAUCCAGAGCUCCAGUCUUUCAUCAGAAAGCUCCCUCCUAACACCGUCCUUAUCUCCCAGCUUUCCAUUUACAUCCUCUCCAUCUGUACCUCCUCCCUUUCCCAUGUCUCAUGGGACCACCACCUUAGCUUUUAUGUUUCAGGGUGGUGUACUGGCUGCAGCAGACACUCGCUCCAGCUGCUCCGGCCUCGUGGCGUGCCCGGCCUCCCAAAAGAUCCUGCCCAUCCACAGUCAUUUGGUGGGUACCACCUCGGGAACUUCGGCAGACUGUGCGCUUUGGAAGCGGAUUCUGGCUCGAGAGCUGCGUCUGUACCAACUCCGCCACGGACGUCGGUUGACCACAAGAGGUGCUGCUAAAUUGCUUUCACACAUGCUUCACCCUUUUAAGGGAACUGAGCUCUGUGUGGCUGCCACAUUGUGUGGGUGGGACGGAGGGGAGCUGGAUAAUGGAUGUCAUGACUGUGAAGUCACAGAGACUGAUCACAGCGAUAAAAGAAAAACAACAAGUCAAAAGACUGACCUGGAAAUUAUUGCAGAUGCUUCCACUGAAAAUGUCUUUGUACCAAAGACUCAGAUCUCUACAAAGAAAAGUUUUUCUGGACCCAGCUUGUUUUAUGUAUGCAGUGAUGGUACUCGCCUGCAGGGAACUCUCUUUUCUGUAGGUUCGGGAUCCCCCUAUGCCUACUCCAUUUUGGACCAAGGGGUUCACUGGGGACUGACAGUGGAGGAGGCCACAUCCAUAGCUAGAGAAGCUGUGUACAGAGCCACAUACAGGGAUGCAUACUCAGGAAACUGUGUAGACAUUUAUCAUAUCACCUCAAAAGGCUGGACUCGCAGGACCAGGGAGGACUUGAAAGAGGAAUAUUACAGAGAAAAGGAAAGACGACGACAAGAGGGAAUGACGCGACUUUGUCAGAGUAAAGACAUGAAGCAAACAAAAAUGUCAUGAGAGAAGAAAAGCAAACACCAGGGAGUGUUUUGAAGAUGCUUGACGGCAUCUUUGGAGCAGAUACUGAAUUAAUGAACAAGCCAGGCAGUUGCAUCCUCCAGGCUAUUUCUCAAAUGAUUUGGGCAUGCAUAUCGUUCCAUUUAUUAAACAGCUGAUGUUUUGUUUGCACUGAUGAUAAAAUGCACUCAAACAGCGUGCUGCUGGCUGGCUGGCAUUUUGAUGUAGAUGUUAAAGCAUUAUGAAUAAUUUCAUCAUUUCAAGUAUGAGAUAAUUACUACCUACUCCUGCAUGUGGUUUAAUCGCAUAAACAGGGAGAGGCAAACAACAAGUAGUCUAAAGAUCUAAACGUCCAGUGGCUGUGGGUUAAAGUGAUUUGCUGUGUAUCAGAAGAUAUUAAGCUAUAGAAACAAGGGGCUGAAAACUGAUUUGAGUCUGCUGUCAGAAUACAAUAAAUUAAUGAAUUAAUUAAAUUUUGCUGAGCUUGACUGUUUUGAAUGAGCUUGUGGUCAUAAAUUUUGUUGACAAGUUAUCAUUUAAAUUACAAGGACUCUGCAGAGACAGGCCAAACUGUACUUAGCAAUCAUUCAUUAUUAACCUCAGUGUUUAACUGAGUGUAAAUAGCCAAAACGCAGAGGUCAAGGGCAACUAGUGCAGCAUCAUUUAUCAUAUGGGAGCAGUUUUGAAGUGUUUGGAUUAUGCGAUGAUGUUGUGUUUCUCCAUGUCAAUAUGAUGAGCUAAUUCAUAAGUGUUGUAAUAUAUUGUGUAUGACAGUGUUUUUAUUGGCUAACAUAUCCUUAUGUGUGCAGCCAGUAUGUGUAUGUGUUAUUAACCAAGCAAGAUAAAUUACAUGCAAGGAUGCGUGACUGCAA